AUGAUUAGAACAUUAAUCCGUUUGAUGGAUGUUUUAAUUAAAAAUUUGAUUGUAGUGAAGACUGUAGUAAUUGUAUAAUCUAAAGAAUGUGAUAUUAAUUGUCUGUAUGAUCCUAUAAAUUAUAUUUGUUAUAGUUAUUGCAGAGAUGGAAUAAUUGUUGGGUUAGAGGAAUGCGAUGAUUCCAAUUAAUUCCUUAUGAUGGUUGUUAUUAAUGUAAAUUCUAAUGUCCUUUAAAUUGCAAUAAAUGCUAAUAUGGAUUAUGGUAAAUUUUUGAUCCUAUAUUUUAAUUGAUUAAUAAUAAUUGCAAGCUGUAUUGCCCUAUUAAUUUAAGUGGUAAUUUGAUAAAUUAUCAAACUGUAAUUAAAGUGAUAGAAUGUUUAUCUAUUAAUCAUCAUUGCUUAUUAAAAAUGCUUUUAAUUUUCUUAUUCACUGUGCUUAAAAUCCUUGCCAGAUUGAAAUUUAAUUAAUUAAUAAUGUAUUUAUGAAUGUGAAAAUGAGGUAUUAGCAGAUUUUUAUCAACAUUGUAGUGAUGGUGUCAUGAAAAUGAAGAUAAGUGUCAUAAUUGUAACUAUUAAUGUUAAGAAAAUUGUACUGAUUUUCUUGACGGUUAAUGGUUAUAAUCAUAUUUUGAAGAAGUACAAAUUGAAACUUGUAAUUUUGGAUUUUAUUUGAUUAAUAAUAAAUGUUUGUCUAUUUGCGUAGACUUAAUUGUAGCUUCAGAUGAAAGAUGUGAUGAUGAAAAUAAUGAACCUUUGAUGGAUGUUUCUAAUGUUAAUACUCAUGUUCACUUAACCGUUAAAAUUGUGAUGAUGGAUAAUGCAUAAAUUGCGAAAAUGGUUAUUACUUGA